AGUUCGAAUAUCAACAUAACGCAUAACAACCAAACACAACCGAGCCAGACCUACAUCACUCUUAUACUACUUUUGCUUCAUCAUCAUCAUCAUCAUCAUCGACAUCAUCGACAUGACAGCUACCCCCGCCGCCGACAUCAUCCACGACCCGAGCCGCCCGCUGCUGAGCGCCCUCCGCGCGCAGGGGUUCGUGGUGCUGCGCUCGGUGCUGACGCCGGCGGAGCUGGAGGAGCUGCGCGGGGCCGCGGCCCGGCUGACGGCGACGGCGCGCGCCGGCGGGUGGCCGCACGUCCGCACCGUCGGCAAGCAGUUCCCCCCUUGGGACUCCUCGCUGGUGCCGGACCGCGCCGGCAUCUGGGGCGUCCAGCACCUGCUGCACCCGGACCUGCCCGUGGCGCCCGAAGACCGCGCCGCCUUUGCGCGGCUCUACUUCCACGAGCGCCUCCUCGCCGUCGCGAGGGAGCUGCUGUCCAUCCCUCCUUCUUCAGAAGCAGCAGCCGACGCCGACGACGACGGUGAGAAGCUGACGAUGGAGCUGUUCAACAUGCUCGUGCGGCCGUCCGGCCCCGGCGUGAGCGAGGACCGGCCGUUCGCGCUGCGCUGGCACCGCGACGACAUACCGGCCAGCGCGAGCGCCGACGAGGAGAUGGCGCGGCUCAAGCGGCCGGGGGAGCCCUACGUGCACGCGCAGUGGAACCUGCCGCUCUACGACGACGACAGCCUGAUCGUCGUCCCCGGCAGCCACGCGCGCGCGCGCACCGACGCCGAGAGGGCCGCCGGCCCGUACGAGGACCACAUCCCCGGCCAGGUCCGCGUCGAGCUGGCCCCCGGCGACGUCGUCUUCUACGACAACAACAUCCUGCACCGCGGCGUGUACGACGUCAAGAAGGAGCGCAUGACGCUGCACGGAUCCGUCGGCCACGCCGACGGCAGCCGCGAGCGGGCGAGGAACGUGCUCCAGCACGGGGUCGGCACGUGGGUUGACCGGUGCGACUUCGCCGUCCUGUCGGACCCCAAGCAGCGGAAGACGGCCGAGGCGAUGCGGAGGCGGUUGGUCCAGCUCGGGAGGGAGAACGAAGGGAGGGAUGUCGGUUACUCGCUGGAGGGUUAGUCAGCAGCAUCAGCCCUGGGUUCUUUUUCUGUUUUUUGUUGGCAUGCUUGUGUGCAUGCACUCCUCCAGAAGUGGUGAAACGAGGAAUUCUUGGGAUCAAUUCCACCAAGAGGAGUUCAUACUCGUGCACAGCAGCAAGGCCCUGUUAUAUAUUCAUAUAUUCAUAUAUAUAUACCUAUA